UUAAAUCGAAACUUAGAGGAGGGCCUGCCAGCUAAAUUUUCUCCCAAUUAAGCCCAUCUGUAAACAAGUUAGGGUUGAACUGAAGUGAUUCAAAUUAGGGUUAAUUGAAGUGAGUGAGUGUUAGAAUUUAGAAACAGAGCAAGAAUGGAGAAACGCUGCAAAUUCUGGCUUCCAAAGAAGAACCGGUUCUGUGCUAACCUCCCUCUCAACGAUUCUAUUUUCUGUGGCAAUCACAACCCGAGGUCCGAUAAUCAGUGGAUUCCAUGCCCAAUCGAUCCUUCUCAUUCUGUUCUCAAAGAAAACCUUGAAGGCCAUGUGAAGAGAUGCCCUUUAUUGAAACAAGUUCAAUCUUUGACUCUCCAACCAUUUUACCAAAAGGGCAUCAAUGCCGGAAAAGAAGAUGAAGGUGAACAAAUGGAUACCAACACAGUUGAAGAUAAUGUAACCUCUGAAAUGAAGCGGAAUACUGUUUAUAGCCUUACUGUUCCUGAAUUCCGUAAUUUGAUUAAAAAGAUUGAGUCAAUUCAUGAUUUAAUAUGUAAUGAUAUAAGGGAAUCAUUUAAGAUACCAGAAGCUUGCAAUUUGUGGAUUAAGAGAGAAGUAGACAGGAAAUUACCAUUUCAGGAGAAACACGUUGUGCAACAGGCAUCAAUUCUAGGGAACUUGGAAGAAUUUCGCGUAUUGAAGAACUCUGUUGGAAUGGAUCAAGAUGAUGAAGAAAGACCUGCAGUGGUUGAAUUUGGAGCUGGGAGAGGGUACUUGACACAAAUGCUUGCAGAUUGUUAUGGCACCGAGAGGGUCUUCCUGAUUGAAAGAAAGUCAUACAAGCUGAAGGCUGAUCGAUCCUUGCGACAGAAAGAGAGCUUGACAAUUGAGCGUUUGAGAAUUGACAUUGAGGAUCUGAACUUGAAUGCUGUGGAGUCUUUAAGGGGAAUUCCUUAUGUGGCUAUUGGUAAACAUCUCUGUGGUCCUGCAACAGAUUUGACUCUAAGAUGUUGCCUGGCCAGAGAAGUGAGUCAAGAAAAUGUUGAACAGAGCAGUGGUAAACACCACAUGAGGGGUCUUUCAAUAGCAACAUGCUGUCACCAUCUUUGCCAAUGGAAACACUACAUAAAUAAAAAGUAUGUAUCCAGUUUGGGGAUUGCCAAGGAAGAAUUCCAUGCAAUUACAUGGUUUACCAGCUGGGCAGUAGAUGCUGAUCAUGGUUCAGAUGAUUUUGAUGUUACUGAUAGCAAAUUGAAUUUGGAAUCUAUUGGGAAAGAAGUAGGUGGUGAGGUGACAGGAGGAGUUGAAGAAAUUGUGAGGAAUAUGAAAGCAGUUGAAAGGGCAGUGUUGGGAUUUAAGUGCAAGCAAAUAAUUGAUAUGGGGAGGUUGAUGUGGAUAAAGGAACGUGGGUUAGAAACAGAGUUUGUGAAGUAUGUCCCAGCAGCCAUCUCUCCUGAAAACCAUUUGCUGAUUGCCAGAUUCACUUGACUGAGCAACGGUGUAUUUUUUUUUUUUCUUUUUUAUAUCCGUUUGUUUUUGAGGUUGUAGGAUCAACAAUUUUGCCAAAUUUUGGUCGUAAGUUCGUAGUUUUGCUACAACAUAUUGUGGUUAACUACCAUCAUACAGUUGGAAGGCAGGCAGCAGAUGGUUGAGAACCGCGAUUCUUUUUCUGCCUGAAUAAAUUUUUAUUUGGACCAAGGUCAGCCACUGGUUACAACGACUUGUACAUAAUAGCAUAUGUACAAUUUCUUU